AUGAUUGCACCGUCGACAAAGACGGCCUGGUGGCUGGCAACAUUUUUAACUGUUUUUGUCACCGGUGAAAUGCCAAUACAGGCUGAGGUUGAACCAGAGUUCCUGCAAGAGUUGGAAAACCAUACAGUGACACAAGGCCGUGACGUACAUUUUACGUGCGUCGUUAAUCAUCUUUCCAAUUAUAGGGUGGCGUGGAUAAAAUCUGACUCCAAAGCUAUUCUGGCGAUUCAUACUAACAUGGUGGCGUUGAAUCCUCGACUGUCAGUAACAUAUAACAACCACAACACUUGGAAGCUACAUGUCAGUAAUGUCCAAGCCAACGAUUCUGGCACAUAUAUGUGUCAAGUAAAUACAGACCCAAUGAAAAGUCAGAUGGGUCACCUAUCAGUAGUGAUCCCGCCCGAUAUUGUGGACACAGUGACAGAAGGCAGUUCAUCUCGAGAAGGGGGCAGUAUACGAUUAACAUGCAGCGCGACUGGCGUUCCACCACCAACAGUGACGUGGAGGCGAGAAAACAACAGACCAAUUGUGUUCAGACAAGAUGGCGGUCGGGAGAAAAAAGUGGUGGAAAGUCACAAAGGGGAAAGUCUAGAGCUAUUCCAUGUUCAACGUUCCGAUAUGGGCGCAUACUACUGCAUUGCAAGCAACGGCGUACCUCCCACUGUCAGCCGCCGAUAUCACGUGCAAGUGCAUUUUAUACCGCAAGUAAAAGUAACCAACCAGCUGGUUGGGGCACCAAUAGGUAGCGACGUUGAACUUCAGUGCUAUAUAGAAGCUUCUCCUAAAGCUAUGAACUCUUGGUAUCGAGAGGAUGCACUUGUAAACGGCAAAAUAUUUGAGAAUCCGAAACUUCGUGUGAUGGAAACGAUUGUGAAUGAAUACUCCUUAUGGAUGAACUUGACUAUAAAAUCACUAGCUCCAUCGGACUAUGGAACUUACGUUUGCGCUUCCGUAAAUGCUUUGGGAAAGAUGGAGAGCCAAGUUAGCUUACAUAGACUAGAACUAAAUAUGAAUGGUUUCGUCGAAGAGCCAAUGGUGUCAGGUGCAGCGUGGCAGCGUGCUCGAAGUUCAUCCACGUUUAACGCGGACCCUGCUGCUUCACAUGCGCGACCAUUUUGCUUUGCAAGCCAUCUGCCCCCACAACUAUACGCCAUCUUACUAACUACUCUGCUAUAUAUAUUAACAUUCUAA